AACCGAUUUGAAAUUGUAUUGAAUUUGUUAUCAUUUUUUUGGUAUUAUCCUUCAAUUGUGUGAUUUAUUUGUGAAAAAAACAGUGAUUAUCAAAAUCCAGUGACUAUUGACUCAGAGUAGUCAUGUCUUUGUCUGAAUUAUCGGCAACAGUGGUGUUGUUGUUAUCAAUUGUUUGUAUGAUAUGGUCGGUGUCAUCAUCAGCGGCGGCGGCGUCGGAGAUGAUGGGAUCUCAUGGUUACGGUAACCAAAUAUCGACAUUGGCGCCGAAAUUGACACCUGAGUGCAAACAGAUAGCAGUUAAAAUAAAAAAUUGUUUUAGGAAGAGAUGGCAUAUUAAGGACAGUACAAAACGGGACGAUCCUAACAAGUGUUGCUAUUAUAUCGAGUAUGACUGUGCAUCUAAACCAUGGUAUAAUAAGUGUUUAAGAGAAUCAGAUAAAGUAUAUUUUGAAACUGUAAUGAAAAACUGUACCGAAAAAGGAUUUACACCCAAUGCUGACAACUGUUUGCCACUGAAACCCCUGUCGACUGUCGCCGAUGGUGUGUGUGACGAGUAUUUGCAUUGUUUUCUGGUCACUACAGACCCUGCCAUCGCUGUCGUAUCAACCGGUGUUGGCCAACAACUACCAUCACUAUUGAUGUCCGUCAUCGUUGUCACCAUUGUUUGGUCGGUUGCAUUGGUUGUUUAGGUGAACAC